CCAACCACUGCACUAAAAACGCUGCAGGAGCUGGAGGUUCAAACUAGUGGCGGUCUCCGUGCGUUGUGGUCGCCAUGGACCCGAUCCGGAGCUUGUGUACGAAGCUGCGGUCUGUGGCGGUCACCUUGGACCGCGAGACGACGCGGCUCUACCUCGCGCUGGAAGAGGAAGACAGCGACUUUGAAGAUUAUGCAAUGAGAAUUUUAAAUGAUCUUCAUUCAGAAGUUCGGACUCUAAAGGAUAAUGUUAAUAUUCUUCUUGAUAAAGCAAGUUUGGAAAGUCAAGAAAGCACUGGCUUCAUUAAGGCAACAAAAGUACUGAUGAAAAAAAAUUCAGCAGAUAUCAUGAAAAUAAAAGAGUUUUUCCAGAAGUAUGGAUAUAAUCAAUGUGCCAAGAAAAAUUCAGAGGAUGAGCAAGAAGUUGUUGACUCUAAACUAGAGUCCAUUGAGGAUGAAAAUCUUCAAAAGUCUGAUGUGAAGGAUGAUGUAUCUAACAACAGGGACAAUAGUAAUGUUGUUCCAAGCAGCUCUGUUUCUGAGAAGAUUCCAUGUAGUCCACAACUUUCAGAUUUUGGACUUGAGCGGUACCUGAUAUCUCAAGUUCCACUGAAUCCUCCACCAGCGGUAAACAACCAAAAGGAAGAGCCAAAAAUGUUAACUCCAUCUUCCAAACAAUCACUAGUUAAAGUACUAAAAACUCCAAAAUGUGCACUAAAUAUGGACGAUUUUGAGUGUGUGACUCCUAAAUUAGAGCAUUUUGGUAUCUCUGAAUAUACUAUGUGUUUGAAUGAAGAUUACACAAUGGAACUUAAAAAUGUGAAGAAUAAAAGUGAGGAAGUCAUAAAAACAGAACCAAUGUCCAGUGAUAGUGCCACUUCUGAUGUAAUGAACAACCAAUUGGAAAAAAAUGAUGCAAAAUGUACAAAGUCUCCCUUGGCUCCUACGUUCUCUACUCCAGGUUUGAAAAUUCCUUCUACAGAGAGCAAUACAGCCUUGGUAUCCACAAGUUAUCAAAUAUCAGGAACAAACAGUUCAUCAGAUGAUUUGGAAAUGAAAGACUGUACAUCAUUAAUUUUAAAUUCGGACAAGUGCUUUGAGAAUUGUGUCGCUUCUUCUUCCCCUGUGAUUUUGUCUUGUGAGAAUCUGCUCAGAACACCCACACCUCCAAAAGUAACUACAAUUCCAGAAGAUGUUCUCCAGAUUUUAUCAAAAUACAACCCAAAUCUAGCUACUACUCCAGUAGCAGUUAAGGCCAUGCCUCCCAGCAAACCAUUCCUCAGUAGAUGCAAAGGACAAAACAGCUGAGAUGUUGGCAACAAAAAAUGAAAAGUUGUUUACAAUCGACAGCUUCACUUAGGAAAAGAAGAAUUUACAGGCCAGGAUAACUGCACUGUAGUAGGUCUCAGAUAUUGGAAUCGGGGACUCACCUGCUGUCAGGAUGUAUUUCCUUUUUACUCCCAAAUGUACUUGGUGUCCAUUUCAUCAGGUCAGCUCAGCUCUUCCCACACAUGGUACUGGCCUCUCCAAGUUCCCCUCCAGUGGCUACCCAGGCCCUGAGGCCACACUCUCUCUGAAGAUUCUGAUGCCUCUUCCUGGGCCAAGUGCCCUUCUCCAGACUGUCAGCUGUGGCCACAAGAACCAAAAGACUGCAUCUAGAACCAUCUGAUAGCCUCACACCUUCCAGUAUAAGUACAACUGAAUAGUAAUUUUACCUAAGUUCAUGAAAGUACUUCAGCAAAUGUCUCAGAUUAUAGCCAGUGGGAAAAUAAGAACCUAGCAUAUUGUGAAGACCAUUUUAGAAUUUGAGAAGAAACAGCUGACAAGUAUCAUAACAAGAUGCUUCAUAGGUUUAUCACAAGAGUACCCUCUUCUGUAACUAUGCCUUGAAAGUCAAAGGUAAAAACUGAUCUCUUCAUUUUGUCAGAAAAUUGUCAUUAAAACAAAAUUUGAUUUAUUCUGUGUUCUAGGAAUUACUGUGUAGUUGUAAUUUUUGUUAAAUAUGUAAAUUUCUACCAACCUUUUCACCAUUACUACAGCUUGCAUCCAUAGAAAUGCAUGGGAUGGGUGGA